UCCGAAUCCAGUUGGAAAAUAUAAACUCACUUGAAAACAGGUGUCGGCCGGUUGCAAGUCGCGAGUAGAUUUCACCCCCGAAAUUUUUAUUAUUAUUAUUUUGCUUCUUUGCAUAAAUAUUUGUUUUAGAAUCUUUUAUCUUUGGAGUGUUCGUAUUUGCGUUUUUCUUUUGUGUUUUUAAACACAAUGAGCAAAAGACCACCUCAGUGACUUCCAAAUAAAAGAAAAGACUACCAAAAUAGAAAUUAAUCAAAAAAUAUAAUUAUUGCUUGUUUGUGGAAUAAAGCUUCUUGCUACUUUAACAAAAAUGCAGGCAAUUACACUAAUCCCAGUUCUUAUCUAGGUUUGUUUUGUUUAUCAAGAGUGCUAAGUGCUAACAACAACAUUGGAAGACAAUGGGUAAUUCAACCAAGUUCCUGAACAUAGGAAUCAUUGUAUGGUUAUGUCUGUGUUGUACCAUCAUCGAACGUGUAUUAUCCGAAGAGGACAUCCAACCGGACCAAUUGCCUGAGCAGCAACAUCCUCAAUCGCCAUCAUCUACCUCAUCGUCAACACCGAAUCCUAUCGAAAAAGCUGAUGACUUCAGAAAAGCCUGCUUCUAUGCUGAACCAGAAUUAUGCCAGCAAUUUGACAAUGACACUUCAAACGAUCCGUGUCCUUGCCGCCUACAUCCUGACUUACCACACUCAUGGGUAUGCUGCAAUGUUGUCGAUUUCUAUAACUUCUCAACAUCGUGCAGCAAAAGCAGCAACAGUUGGGUUAAUCUACACAUUCGUAAUGCAACUAUACGCUGGAUCGAUAUUUCCCACUCUACUUUUCAAAAACUUGAAUCACUAUCCAUUACUGAUGGUAAUAUUCCCAAGAUCACAAAUGCUAUGUCUCGUGCCUCAUACGUUAAGUGCCUUAAUGUUUCGAAUAACAACUUAUCGGAAAUAAAUUCGCGUGCCUUUAUAAGUUUGCAGAACUUUCAAGUACUCGACAUAUCAAGUAACAAUCUAUCGAUGAUUCCAAAGCUUAAUUCUCACCAGAAUCUAACUGUGGAUAUAAGCAACAAUAAACGAUUAUUGUGUAAUUCUUUACUCGAUUCAAUUGUUCGGGGUUCUUUUAAAUUUGUUUUACCUGAUACGACUUAUUGCCUUUGGAAUCAAACAUACAAUUGGUUCAAUUCAACAGAUUAUAUGCCAAUUCGACAGUUGGAGCGCUGGAAGAGAUUGCAUUCGGAGUGUCCAAAGAUACCUGGCUAUGGUAAUUGUACAUGUGAUGCUGAACAAAUGGCUUUUUCGACCAAAAAUGAUGAACCUCAUCUCUUAUUUACCGCAAAAGUGGACUGCUCAAGCUUGGGUUUGAUCGAACUACCACCAAUUUUACCCGAUAACACUAUCUUCUUGAAUGUUUCAAAUAACAAUAUUACAAGUAUUGGUCAUCAUUUUCAUUCUAAUCCAACAUACAGAAAUAUAAAUAAGUUCGACGCCGAUCAAAAUCAAAUAUCAUCUAUGUACGAGUUGGAAGGGACAACAUUCAUGGAAGUUUUUCAAAAGUUUUAUCUCAGGAAGAAUGCAAUUAACAAGAUACCAGAAUACCUCCUUUCAAAUGCUUUGGAUAAUAACCCAAACGGUCGUGCUAUUUAUUUGGGUGGAAAUGAAAUAAAUUGCGAUUGUAACUCAGCAAAAGUUCUUAAACUUUGGCUUUUGGCCCGUCAUGCAAAUAUCCCCGACUACAAUUACAUUCUUUGUCGAAAUAUGAAACAAAGAGUCAUUGAUUUGCAAGAAAUCAAACUCUGCCAAUCCCCACACGAUUGGACCCACUACAUCUUCUAUUUGAUUGCUUUGGAAGUUAUUCUACUCGUUGCUCUAAUCAUGAAAGUCUCAUACGACUACUGGGUAUUCAAAACAGCCGGUUAUUUGCCAUGGCCAGCAAGUAAAAUGCCCAAACUUCCAUGUGAUUGGCUUUGUGAAUCUUAAAUGAAUUUAAAUAUCAUAUUUUGAUAUGUACUCGUAAUGUGAUGUUAACUGAACAAGUGCCUUGAAAACAUAUUAUAUUUUGUAGCCUCGUAAGUAAAACUGUUGGAUUUUAGACUGUGUGUAAAACUUUUAGUGUUAAAUGAAAUUAGAAAUAAAAUUUCUAUAGAUUUUU